AUGAACCUUAACGAACGCAUCAUCAGCACGCAGUUGUUCGCACAGACCAUUGAUGAGACGGCCACUACGACCACCUCAGUGGGCAGCAGUGUUGGGUUGAGUGUGGGUUUUGCCCCUUUCGUGGCUGCGGCCACUGCCGGCCUUGCUGGUCCCAGUGGUACCGCCAUCUUGCCGUUAGCCACCGACUCCGGCCCUGGACCGUCAUCGCCAGCACCAACCACCGACACCGGUCAUCUGUCCACCUCGCCACACCACCUACAUCCACACGGGCCGGGCAGUAGUGGGAGCAUAGUGUCCUCCACAGGGCCAUUUGUGGGGCCUAAACACGCUACACCUCCUCCCACGACCAGCAAGGUUGCUGGGAAAAGCCGCAGCCUUAGCACGGGCUCAUACCUCACGCGGGAUGCCAGCGUGCACUCGAGCCCGGAACGACUCACCAAGUCCAAUAGCCAUUCGGAGGUUACUGGCCAACAGCCCGGGACCAGUGCGGGUGUCCUUGGAACUGGCAAGGAUACAUCCGCCGCCGUGCCACAACACAAAUCGCUCGAAGAAGGUCGCUCGAUGAUUCCAUCAGCACGAGCUUCGCCUCCCGUCAGAAAGCCGAUCCUGCGGAAAUCGAAGAAGAUCGUACGCACCGACUCGGAGUUCCUGAAGGGCAAUAUCUACGAGAAGGAGUCGAGCGUGUCGAGCUCGCAGUACACGCCAACACGUGACCGGCGGCGUGAGCAGUUCGCUGAUCUACGUAGUAGCAAUCCGUCCUCGGAAACGCACAAGUCUACGGACGAGAGUUCGAAGAACAUUUCGACGGACGAGAUUGACACGGUGUUCUCAGACACCAUGGAUCUGGAGCAGAUGGAGCAGGACUACCGGUUGCAUCUGCGGGCCAAUCUGCAGCGUGAGUACAAAAGCGACAGCGACACGCUGGACGAGGUCGGCAAAAAGCGUGGGCCGGACUUUAACGCGUGGAAAAACCAGAGCUACGAGAACACGUUCGAUGUGUAUGCGAAGGACACCACGAGUUCCGAAGGACUUGCUCCCAACGGUCGUGGUCGGGAAACACCAGGAACAGAGCGAGCAGUCUCAGAACCACCCAAACUCAACUCAGACAAUGGUGCACCGGCGACGAAGGCGGAUCGACCUACAGACCUAGAAUUAGGCUCGACGUCCGAUGGCGGCACCGGUGGCGGAAAGUCAUCUGCGUCCUCCUCCACGGACGGUCCUUUUGGACACUUGUUCGAGAAGAACCUGGGCCGGUUCAAGCGCAUGAACAAGCUGCUCAAGUGCAAACGCUUCAGUACGUCAGCACUGUACGAAAAGAAGUCAUCCUCAGCAUCGACGGCAACCUCAGCACCGGUGACGGCGACGGUCAGCAGUGCAUCAGCGGCGUCUGACGGAAAACCAUCGUUCACAUCACCCACCAAAAGCGCCCCAAAUGCGGUCACUCGAUCGCCAGUCAAGUCGAUCCACUCCCAGUCGAAGGUGUCGAUCAGCUCGUCCAAGUCGUCGUUGUUCGGUGGCAAGAAGCCCGGCUCUGGGUUCACCUUCAAGGGCAAGCGGUUCCUGUUCACCGGCAAAACGUCCCCGAACAAGUCGAAGUCGAACAAUGAGAUCAGCUACUACCGCACCAAAUCGACAAAGGGCUCGAAGAAGGGUUCGCUCAAAAACAACAGCACGGCGUGUCUGAAUCUCGAGACGACCUGCACGUCGCCGUUGUCAGAGGCGUUCUACAACACAACCGGAAGUGUGCGGCUGAGCGCGAUGGAGCUGUACGAGAAGUUCUGCUCGCAGGACUUUAGCGGGUUGUACAAGCAUGAGCAGGUGCGAGCGGAUGCGGACAGCCAUGGCAGUGGGACGGAUUCAGGACAAUACGAACCAGGUCGACCAGGGCAUUUGGGGGCGAUCCGGAAGUACCGUCGGCGUAAUUUCAAACUGCUGCGGCAGAAAAGCGAACCGAAGUUCUCCUUCCGCUCGGACACGCUGUACGAGGACAGCUACGACGGUGUGUGCUACCACGACGAGAAAGAUGAAGAGGAAGAAGAGGGCGAAGAGGAGGAGGAAGAGUACAACCAGUUCCUAUACGACGAGCAGUACUACGAGGAGGAUAUCGAGCACUACAGCAUCGAAAGUAUCUACUACCAGCGGAACGGAUUGGUGGCACUUCCGGACGGGACCUUCGUCCAACGGUAUCCUUACCGUAUGGAGGACGAGGAACCCUACCAGGACGGUGAGGAGGGCGAGGACGAAGAAGGCGAAGACGAGGAGGAUGUCGAAGAAGAAGAAGAAGAGGAGCUAGGCGAGGAGGAGGAAGAGUGUGACUACCAAGGCGAGGAAGAGGAGGAAGAGGAAGAAGAGGACGUGGACGAAAACGAGUUCGAUGAGGAGGACGAAGACGUGCUUGCGGAGGAGGAACAGGAGGAGGAGCGUCGAAGACUGCAACGUCUGCAGAUGGCGCCACCUGCGAUCGAGUUGAUCGCAGCGAUGGAUUCCGACUGUGACGAGAUUUACCUGAUGCCCCAUGAGAACGAAUCCGCGAGUAAGCAGCUGAUCAUCCAGGACUUCCUGUUCCACCGAAGCAACAACGACUUCGACGGUAGCGGCGAUGACUACGACAUUGCGGAGGUGGAUGAGGAUCAGCUCGAAGUGGAAGUGAUCGCCGAAGAGCCCUCCAAGCAAGAGGUACCACGCCGCAAGCCAUCUCUGCCAGAGGAAGAACUCGAAGAGGCCGAAGAGGACUUCCCGUUGGAGCGGUACACCGCGACUGACAAGGAGACGCUCACGAUCUACAAGAUCUGCUCGAAGGAGAGCAUCUUGGAGUCGAUGCGAAGCGAAACACCGGAUCAGGCACCAGGUCCGGAAAAUCUACCACACAGUGCCUCGAUGGAGCAGUACUUCCUGCGAUCGGACUGCGUAUCGACGCUCGAGCGAACAGGUUCGCUAGAUCUGCUGAGCAAUUCGAGCGGAACGCUCAACAAGUCCACGCUGACGGAUUACGCAUUCGACACGGUGCGUAACGUCAACCUUGACAGCUGCAGCACGUCCCGGCUGAGUUUAUCACUCAAAAGCGAGAUAUUCGACGAGACGGCCACCGAUCGACGGUUGUCGGACCCGAUCGCCUCGGGGCCUGGGCUCGAACAGGAGUUGCCAGCUGACGUGGGCUCUGAGGUGCCACGGAUCAAGAGCUGGAACAUCGAGGACUUUACGUUGACGCCCGAGGAGUCGUUCUCUGACGAGCAGCUGCCACUGGACGGACUUGUCGCUGCUGAUAUGCCAACGAAGAGCACCGAGCAGGUGUUGGAACCGUCAGAACAGACAGAUCCUCCACCGAUCGAGCUUGAUCCUCACACUAACGGUGUUGACACAGCGAUCGAGUACACGAUCGUCGAUCUGGACGAGGAACCGUACGCACUGGAUCCGGCCAUCUCAGAGUUCACGUCCGAAAUCACGAAGGAGUUCGAUCUGCUGUUCUCGCGCGCGGAAACAGAAUCACUACAGGCCGCAGCCGCCGCCAUUACCGAACCACUCCCGCCAGUCCCGAUACCCGCCCCCGAACCGUCACCCCCACAACUCGGAGACGUUUUGAAGAUGCUCAGCGAUCUGCCCACACGCUACUCCAUGCAGAUGCUCGAACACAUCAAUCUCGACUCAGAUGACAUCCGGCUUCCGGUGCGGGAGGAGACAUCCGCAGGUGAGCCGGGGGUGACCCCAUCACCAGCGGCCAUACCCGCACCUCCAGGGAUCUCGAGCGUGUCCCACCCGCCAGAAAGUGCCAAAGGUGGCCAUCGUUCCGCCACCGAACAGACCGGAAGUGGCCGUUCAUCGACAAAAGCGAAAGCAAACCGGUCGUCAGCGAAAACGGCCGCGACGACACCGACUUCGGGCGACCCCACGGGUGCGUCCUGUGCCCCAACGACACCGGCCGAUGCUGGCGACCGGCUGAAGAAGGCGCGCAGUCAAUCGUUAGGUAACUUGCGCAACAAAACCAAAUGUUUUCCAUUAUAGAAGUUAAGCAACACUGUAACA